UGUUGAUGGCGACGGCAUGGCGGAAGGCGACGGCAGCGGCUCGGCUCCGUCCGACGCGGGCGGGCUCCUGCAGCAGAUCCUGAGCCUGCGCCUGGUGCCGCGCUCGGGCAACGUCACCGGCUCCGCCUGCGCCGCCGCACUCUGCCACUUCCCAGAAAUGUGGUAUGGCGUCUUCCUGUGGGCAGUGGUGUCCUCCCUCUUUUUCCACAUCCCCGCCGGGCUGCUGGCGCUCUUCACCCUCCGGCGGCACAGAUACGGCCGGUUCAUGUCGGUGAGCAUCCUGUUGAUGGGCGUCGUGGGGCCGAUAGCCGCCGGGAUCCUCACAAGUGCUGCGAUUGCUGGCGUCUACAGAGCCGCUGGGAAGAAGAUGAUUCCCCUUGCGGCCCUGGCUUUGGGCGUGGGACAGACCUUCUGCGUGGUGAUCAUUUCCUACUUACGGGUUUUAGCCACUCUCUAGCCUCGGCCUUGGGAAGCCCAGCUGGACAGAGCGGCAUCGUGCAGGAUUUCGGGGCGAAGGGGUCGACGGGCGCAAUCCUCCGGGGAGAUCUGCCGAAGGGCAAGUGAGACAGGCCUCGGAUCGGAAGACCUUCCCAGCAGAUCAAAGCACGUUUUUCUCCUCUCCGUCGUCUCUGGAAAGCCAAAGAUCCCCAAGAAAGCGCCUGUUCUGCAUCCAUAUCAUUCUAGUUCAAUCUUCCCAACCUGGUGCCUUCCAGAUGGUUUGGAUGACAACUCUCAGCAUCCCCAUCCAAGUCGUCUGGAAGGCACCAGGUUGGGGAAGCCUGAGCUAGCUCAAUCACAGUUGCUCUCUAACCGCAUGCGAAGCAGAAUAGCUGGAUUCUCUGACAGUCAAACAAUACAAGUGAGGUGUGUGCAUCUGUGUGUGUGAGAGAGAAAAGUGGAUGUAGGGGGGAUGUUUAAAUAUUUCUGGAGCGCUGCCACUUGGCCUGGAAGCAUUCACCUCCCCUUUUGCUGUUGAACAAACUUUCAGUCUCUCUGGCUGAAAUUGAAGCCAAUUCUAUGUUUCUGUUUUGUAAGAUUCUUUUGUAACCUCAAGUGCCAAGCUGGAUGUUCCUCUGUUCAUCAUCAUCAUCAUUACUAUUAUUAUUAUUAUUAUUAUUAUUAUUAUUAUUAUUAUUAUUAUUUUGAUGGGUUGGGGGGAGUUUGAAUUACGUGAACAAAUGCGAUCCUGAGGCCGUCUUAAAUUCCCUGAAAAUAUCCUUGACGGGUUCCAUCCUAGGAUGGUUCCACGGAAGCACUGUCAACGUCGAGUCGGAUUCCUGCAAGGGAGAUGCACUUUAACGGACUUAACCCUUUCUGUAGGGGAGAAUGUGAAUCAGAAGCUGUAAAAGUGAUCACGUCGGAGAAGGCGCUUCCUGGCGAGUGACGUUUCGGAUUCUACUUAGCGCUGUGUUUGGAUUGCAGCAAAGACCAAGCAAAAAGGACAGUUUUCCAUUGCUACCUCAUAGAUGUGGGAUGGAUUUGAAGUGCCGUUCCAUUGAAACUUGCUGGUGGUCACUGUGCCCUUUGUCUGCAAGGAAGUUGGGCAAAAUACAGUAAACGCCAUGAACGGCAGGAUCCUCCCUCAUAAAUAAGGCCCACUCUUGUUCGAUCGUGCAAAUUCCCUGUGAAAUAUAUCGGACGCUUGUCCUGUGUGAGGAGUGAUGUGAUCAUCCGUAGUCUUAAACCUUGUUUGUCGCAAAAUCUAUUUGUAUAUCUAUGUUAGGCCUGUAUUUUUAAUCAUGUGUGUGUACAGAAGCACGAAUUGUUCUGCAGACAGAGCUCCCCGCUGAGGACUUUUGGAAACCCUACAAGUGCCUGGGCGAUUCGCCCCUCCUCCGGGGACCAAUCUUGCAACCCUCGUCAGCCCUGUUGCCCCUCCUCAAGUGCCACCCUGGGCAGACUGCUGACCUGCUCUGUGGGAAGUUAGAAAUGCUGCCUCUGGCUGCCUGCCAGAGAAAGCAGAACCCUGAAAUGCUCACUCUUGAGGCCAUGACGGAGUCAGUUCAGAUGUUUUUUGGGGGAUGGUGGGGUGGUUGGGAGACGUGGCGCAAAUCUCUCAUGGGACUGUGGACUCCCAUGGCGGAAUCCAUUGCCAAUGCAAUUGCUUUCAUUAAUGGAACUGGGAGGAGGCAAUUUAUACUCAAAAUGUGCUCUGGAGGUCAGGGUACCCUCUGAAGCAGAUUUUUGGGGAUGCACAGGUGAGGCGAGAGGGAGAGAGUUCACGUGUGCGUCAUUGGAUUCCACCCUCUGAAUACAAAACUGGGAAUUGCUUCUUUUAAAACAUCUCAACUUCUCCAUUCUGGACAUGGGGGAUCUCUCACCCAGCCCUGGAUCGAAAUGCCCACCUAGUGAAGCUUUGUUGUGGGGUGCUUUGAAACAACAAGCCCCCAACACCCCCAUGUGCAUUCUGGAGUGAAGCUUCCCUAAAUAUUGAAAUUGGCUCUGAAUGUUGUGCUUUGAUAGGCUUUUAAAAGAUCAGACCCAACUUCCUCUUAGUGAAAUGUAUCUUUUUGUACAACCACCCCCCAAACAGUAAACGCCCAGACGUUGUGAAUAGCUUCGGCUGAAAAUGUGGCAGCGGAGAAACAGUUAGGAAGAGGCUGCCUGUUUACACGCGACAAUCAGGACAAACUGGUUGGAUGCUCCGGUUUUCAUCAUCAUCAUAUCUCCGGCUGCUUGGCUGUGGCUUCCCACGCCUUGGGGUUGGUGGGGCACUUUAUAGCUGUACUUUUACCUUCCCCAGAUCAAGAAAAUGUUGUCUCUUUUUUUCUUUUCUUUUCUUUUUUUGCCCUUCUGUUCUUUGAUUUUGGUAUUGCUUGAUUUUUUAACUCCUUGUUGAGCCAGUCAAGGGUGGGGAGGGGGUAAUUUUCCUCCCCUUUUCCCCUCCUCCCACUCCACGAUCAAAUCUGUUGUUGACCUCCCCCUACAUGUUCCGACCACAGCCUGAGUGGACAUCAAGGGCCUUCCCCAUCAGCUUAAGGCAGGGUUGGGCAAGUGACGGUCCUCCAGAUGGUUCAGCCUACAUCCUUCGCCAUUAGCUACACCGGCUAGGCAGUUGUCAGCCAAACUAUUUGUGGGCCACAAGCCCCCCACGCCAGGUCUUAGCCAAGUAGCUUAUCGGUGAGAACAAAUUGAUGUGUAACCCCACGAUAAGGAAACGGGGCCUUCGUCAAAUUUGAGAAAGCUCCCAGGAUCCCACUUUUACCAGUCCAAACAAAAUAGCAGGAUAGGACGUCCUAUUACCAAACCAUUUACCAAAUGUUGAUGCUUGCAUAAGAAGGCGGCUACUGUGACUGCGAAGGGGCGGUUUCCUGAAUGACGAAUUCCACUAAGGGGGGAGGUUUAUUUAAGGGUGGCGGUUGAACGAACUCUCCUCUGCAACCUUUGUAUUCCACGACCUGCUGCGGCAAAUGUGAACAAAACUUUGUAUGCAAGGGCAACGGGACGGCUGCUAGUCCGUUUUUAUUUUUCUACUGACUCCGCUGAUUCUCGCGUUGGUAUUUUCGCUAAUAAAAUCUACAGAUCUUUGUGAA